GGCGCCCAUGGCAGCGGGCCCCCAGCCGGGGAGCCCAGCGCAGCCCGGGCCGCGGCCGAGCAUCGCGGCAGGUCAGCCUCCACCAGCAUGAUGGAGGACGGGCCCCCCAACUCCAGUGAAGGCCAGCAAGGCUGGUUCGCAGCCAGGAACGGCAGCGUCAGCUCCUUGGACCUGAAGUCUGUGGUGCAACCCCUUGCCUUGAACCCAUGGGACGUUGUCCUCUGCAUCUCCGGGACCAUUAUUUCCUGCGAGAACGCCAUUGUAGUGGUGGUCAUCUUCUACACCCCAGCUUUCCGGGCUCCCAUGUUUCUCCUCAUUGGCAGCUUGGCCACAGCUGAUCUCCUGGCUGGUUUGGGGUUGAUUUUGCAUUUUGCCUUUGUCUACUUCAUCCCGUCGGAGGCGGUCAGCCUGCUGACAGUGGGGCUCCUGGUCACCUCCUUCACGGCCAGCGUCAGCAGCUUGCUGACCAUCACCAUCGACCGCUACUUGUCCCUCUACAAUGCCCUGACCUACUACUCGGAGAGGACGGUCACCAGGACUUACAUCAUGUUGAUCCUCACCUGGGGAGCAUCCAUCUGCUACGGGCUCCUGCCCAUCAUGGGCUGGAACUGCCUGAAGGAGCCCUCUGCCUGCAGCAUCGUCAAGCCCCUGACGAAGAACCACCUCAUCAUCCUCUCCGUCUCCUUCUUCAUGGUCUUUGCGGUAAUGCUCCAGCUCUACGUGCAGAUCUGUAAGAUCGUCUGCCGGCACGCCCACCAGAUCGCCGUCCAGAGACAUUUCCUGGCCAGUUCCCACUACGUCACCACCCGAAAAGGCAUUGCCACCUUGGCCGUCAUCCUGGGCACCUUCGCUUCGUGCUGGCUGCCCUUCGCCAUUUACUGUCUCCUGGGGGAUUACAGCUACCCGGCCCUCUACACCUACAUCACCCUCCUUCCCGCCACCUACAACUCCAUGAUCAACCCCGUCAUUUACGCCUUCAGGAACCAGGAGAUCCAGAAAGUGCUGUGGACCGUGUGCUGCGGGUGCUUUUCCCCCACCAUGCCUUUCCGCUCCCGCUCCCCCAGUGACGUCUGA